GGCUGGCGUCACCAGGACAACGGGCGUCGCCGGCGCCGUGUGACUCCGGGCUGUGGGCGCGCUCGCGGCCAUGGUUUUCUCAAACAGUGAUGAUGGCCUUAUCAACAAAAAGUUGCCCAAGGAGCUCCUCUUAAGAAUAUUCUCCUUCUUGGAUAUAGUAACUCUUUGCCGAUGUGCACAGAUUUCCAAGGCAUGGAACAUCUUAGCCCUGGAUGGAAGCAACUGGCAGAGAAUAGAUCUUUUUAACUUUCAAACAGAUGUAGAGGGCCGAGUGGUGGAAAACAUCUCCAAGAGGUGUGGUGGCUUCCUUAGAAAACUCAGCUUGCGUGGCUGCAUCGGCGUUGGGGACUCUUCCUUGAAGACCUUUGCACAGAACUGCCGAAACAUUGAACAUUUAAACCUCAAUGGCUGCACAAAAAUCACUGACAGCACGUGUUACAGCCUUAGCAGAUUCUGUUCCAAGCUGAAACACCUGGAUCUCACGUCCUGCGUGUCUGUUACCAACAACUCCUUAAAGGGGAUCAGCGAUGGUUGCCGGAACCUGGAGUAUUUGAACCUGUCCUGGUGCGACCAGAUCACAAAGGAAGGCAUCGAGGCGCUAGUCCGGGGCUGCCGGGGCCUGAAAGCCCUGCUCCUGAGGGGUUGCACACAGUUAGAGGAUGAAGCUCUGAAACACAUUCAGAACCACUGCCACGAGCUCGUGAGCCUCAACCUGCAGUCCUGCUCGCGCAUCACUGACGAGGGCGUGGUGCAGCUCUGCAGGGGCUGCCGCCGGCUACAGGCUUUGUGCCUCUCGGGUUGUAGCAAUCUCACGGAUGCAUCUCUCACAGCCCUGGGCUUGAACUGCCCCAGAUUGCAAAUUUUGGAGGCUGCCCGAUGCUCCCAUUUGACUGAUGCAGGCUUUACACUCUUAGCACGGAAUUGCCAUGACCUGGAGAAGAUGGAUCUUGAAGAAUGUGUCCUGAUUACUGACAGCACCCUCAUCCAGCUCUCCAUUCACUGUCCCAAGCUGCAAGCCCUGAGCUUGUCCCACUGUGAGCUCAUCACAGAUGAAGGGAUCCUGCACCUUAGCAGCAGCACGUGUGGGCAUGAGAGACUGCGGGUCCUGGAGCUGGACAACUGCCUCCUUGUCACAGACACUGCACUGGAGCACCUGGAGAACUGCCGCGGCUUACAGCGCCUGGAGCUGUACGACUGCCAGCAGGUCACCCGCGCAGGCAUCAAGCGCAUGCGGGCUCAGCUUCCUCAUGUCAAAGUCCAUGCCUACUUUGCUCCAGUCACCCCUCCACCAGCAGUGGCAGGAAGCGGACAUCGACUGUGCAGAUGCUGUGUCAUACUCUGACAGCAGCUGCUUAGGCCAAGGGCCCCAUCUUCCAGGUUAGACCAGUCUCCUGACUGCGCCACCAUCAUCCAAUCUCAACACUCCAUUGGGAAAGCAUUACAGGUAAAAGACUUUGGCACAGAUCACAGUAACUGGUGAUACCACUCACCUUAACGUUGGCUGGGCUGCAAGCAAAUCAGUGUCAGUUACUAUGUGGCAAGAGCGGUGUGGUGCAGCCAAGACCACACAAGCAACCCAGAGCCCUUUAGAAGUGGGUAUCUGCCUGGGCACAUGAGCCUCACCGGCUUUGCCAGCAUCCUCCACAGACCUUCAGUGUUAGCAUAACCUGAACAGAGCAAAGAACCUGUGGUUUUCUACCUGGUCCUUAAGCCAGUGGCCUACUUUAAUUCAUAAUGAUUCCUACUGUUUGCAGGACUUUUCCCUUUGAAGACUAAAUUGCGCCUUUAUCAACGUGACUGUACCGCAAACUCAGAGUGGCUGGUGGUUUCAUGUGUAGACACAUGUGUGAAAGGCAUGCUAGCACAUUUCCAUAAGACACCAAAGAGAUGAGGACUUCUAAACUGGGUGGUAGAUUCACGUGUAGACACGUGUGUGAAAGGCAUGCUAACACAUUUCCAUAAGACACCAAAGAGAUGAGGACUUCUAAACUGGGUGGGGCAGGAUCUUCACCUUUCUGUUUGUGUCAACUUGUCGCAUCCAAUUCUAGAGACCCAAAAGUAAACAAAGCAACCUACUUUACGCUGUCCUAUUGGAAAUGAUAAGCCCUGCCAUGUGCUACAGCAUACAGUGAAUUUUUGUAAAGGGGAAAAAAAAGCCAAUCAUGUCCACACUUCUCAAAAAAAUUUCGGGGAACCUUGAAGAAAUACAGAAUUAAGGCUUAAGUUAUCUAUAAUAUAAUCAAGUAAAAUUAAUGAAUGGAUGCAUGUAGAACGGAUUUUUUUUUUUAAAUUGACUGAAUUUUUAGAGAUCAUACCAGAACUAAAUUAAAGCUUCCCACAUGAAAAACCAGUGUUGGCACCUUUUAAGCUCCUAUCAAGCCCUUACAGUGCUCCCUAGAAUUAGUCAGAGGCUUUACUGCUGUGAUGCUCAAGCUGGCAAAUCUGAGCAAAGCCCCUUUCCAAACACAGGCAUUUCUCUAUUGCCCAGACUAGGGUAGGAUGCCCAGACUUGUACUACGGCUGCUGGCUGCUGCGUGCUGUCAACACUUAGCACCAUCUUCAAUGUGACUUCAGGGGUUAAUGGUAGCUGAACCUUCCUAGCAAUCCCUCCCCAGCCAAAACUGCAAAAAUGCGCUGUUUCUGUGGACAGGGUUACAACAUCUGUACACGCUGCCUCAGCUGCAUUCUCAGAGGGAAAGCAAGCACACACAUACACCCUGGAAAUUCCUCAGACCCCUUGUAAGCAUUGGCUUACUGUGGGUUUGACCACCUCAGGAUAUGCUGCAGCACUCCCUGGUUUGAAGGCUGUAUGAAUAUCACAACAGCCAUUUAAGUAACUGUUAGGGGUGAGGGAAGUGUGAAGCGUGUACUAGACUUGCUCCAGUGAUUAACAGAAAUAAGUUCAUGAAACAUCAGAGAGACACAUCUUUCUGAGCUAGAGUGCAGCCUAUGAUAGAUGUAGGACUUGUGCUCAGUGACCACACCUUCACUCACAGACUGUCAGAAAGCCUGACUUGUCUUCUGUAAGGUGGGGUAGUUCCUGUAGCCCCACCUUGGUGGGAAGCAGCGGAAAGGGGGCGGGGCAGCCCGCAGGGUGGCCUGAGAUAGCAGCACAACUUGGCUUUCAAAUGAGUGACACGUUUACAAAACAGUCAGAAAACAUUUAUUACACUCAACUGUACAUCCUAGUAACCAAAGGAGCAAACUGCUGGUGCUGUGGGUUCUGUACAGUUUCACUGAGACAGACUAGCACUUUGUGCUGCUCAGCACAGUUUCAAGUCUGAGGAGCUUGUAAGUACUUUCACCCCACUUCUAAAACCUGAUCAGGAAUUCAAAAUAGCACACAGCAUUAAAUGACAUUUAUUGUUCCAUAAAUCAUGAGAUCCGAAAAAGAAAGCUAACAGACAGACAAGCAAAACUCUAAAAACAAUUCAGAGAUAAAUUCGCUUCUUUCCUAAAUAAGUGACUGGUACAGAAAGCAUGUGGUCACAAAAGCAAAGGGAAGGGCAGAUGGGAACGCUCCCCUCCUGAAGGGCUGCAGAGCCACAGCGCUGCCAAGCCCAAGAUGAAAACAUGGAGACAGUUUAGUUUGUGGCAAAUAAUUAACCCCCAUUAUGAAUAAAAUGCAAGACGUUAAA